AUGCCGCCAGCAGCCACCAAAUUCUCGGCCACCGCAUUAUUCCGGCCCCAGCAUCUUGACUUGGCUGCGGAACUUCCAAUCGAGCCAUCCAAACGGCCUGUCGAGAUCAGAUUGCAGGCACCCUCAAUCGGCAUCAUGCUGGCGACAAGAGCACUCCGAGCGGCCCACGGGCCCAAGCCCAACAUCACCGGCUUCAACAUGCGAGCCCUCAAAGAGGCCACUGGCCAGCCCCGAUACGACCCUUGGGAGAGAGCCGAGGCAUGGCGAUACAAGGGCACCUUUUCCAGAUGGAACCGAUUCAGGAGCGGCUUCCCCGGCUUGGGAAUCGCGUCUGUUGCCUUCGCCGGAUACUGCGCCUACGAGUACCUCUUCCUCGACGACGGACACCACGGCGAGGGACAUGGCGAGGGGCACCAUUAG